UGAGGAGGGGGGGGGAAGAAAGCAGAGGAUCAUCUUUAUGUCUCUUCACCAGUGUCGACAUGGUUUUAUUAAUACGCCCGCUGAGGUCUUUGAAAGCAAAUACGGAGACAAGGCGACUGAUGGAGAUGGCUGAAAUUUUGUCGGGGUCAUCCAACGAAAGUAUUCUUUUCCCGAAGUGCCACCAGCAAAAAGAAAAGGCUACAGACCAUAACCGCAUAGCAACAAGAAACCGCAGUCGAUCAAGGAAAAAUCGAUCGUCUUUAAAAGCACAAUGAAAAGGGUGCUCUCACCAUCAACAUGGACUUCUCUGACAUCAACAUGAAUAACCGCACCAACUCCAGCUCCAUCUGUGUAUUUAAUGAAGACUUUAAAUUCAUCCUCCUUCCUGUCAGCUAUGCCCUGGUCUUCGUCAUUGGCCUGGCAAUGAACGCCAUGGCUCUCUAUGUGAUCGUUUUCCGUACAAAGCGCUGGAAGCCUUUCACCAUCUACAUGUUCAACCUGACGAUGUGCGACACGCUUUACAUCUUUACUCUGCCCUUCCUCAUCUAUUACUAUGCCGACGAGAACGACUGGCCCUUUAGUGAACCGUUCUGCAAGCUGAUACGAUUCCUGUUUUAUGCCAACUUGUAUGGUUCUAUUCUGUUCCUGUGCUGCAUCAGUCUCCAUCGGUUUGUUGGUAUCUGCCAUCCUGUCCGCUCGCUGAGCUGGGUCAGUGCUCGUCGGGCCAGGCUGGUGUCUGUGGGGGUGUGGGCCUGUGUUUUAUUAUGCCAGGCUCCGAUUCUCUACUUUUCAAGAACAAGGGAUGUAAAGACAGAACGAAUCUGCUAUGACACCACCAGCCCGGAGCAUUUUGAUGACUUCCUGGUGUACAGCUCAGUUGUGUCAGUGCUCAUGUUUGUCUUGCCCUUCAUUGUGGUGAUGGUUUGCUACGGCCUCAUGGUACGGAAGCUUUUGGAGCCCGGCUGGGGGUCUUUCCAGGGAGCUGAAGGUGAAGGAGGUGGUCCAACGGCCCAACGGUCAAAGCAGAAGUCGGUGAAGAUGAUCAUUAUUGUGCUGGCAGCGUUCAUGCUGUGCUUCCUUCCUUUCCACCUCACCAGGAGUUUUUACUACUCAUUUAGAUACCUGAGACAGGUCAAUCCAUCAAAGAUCAGCUGCAGUUUGCUGGAGACUGCCAGCAUGGCCUACAAGGUGACGCGACCCUUAGCCAGUGCCAACAGCUGUGUGGACCCCAUUCUUUACUUUUUGGCAGGGCGGGAUGCUCGCAGCAACCUCACCAAGAAGAAACAACUGUCCUCACAGAAACCCACAAUGAGCCGGUGCUUGGCAACAAAACUCUGAUCUCCUGUCAAAGACUUGAGUGGAUUUACCUCUAAAUCUUAAAUAGCCUGUUAAGCAGCUCUGAGAACUGGAACAUCUUCAUGAAGAAUUACCGGUAUAUUUUCCCUGGUUUGAAUCACCAUUGAUUUACUUCAAAUAAAAAUCGGAAAAGUGUGGUGUUUGUGGAGUCCACACUUAGUAGAACUACUUUUCUUUGCAAUUACAGUAUAAGGUCUUUUGAAUUACGUCUCUAACAACUUUGCACAUCUAGACACUGACAUUUUCCAAAUUCUUUUUUGCAAAAUAGCUUAAGCUCAGAAAGUUUAGAUGGAGAGCAUCUAUGAAUAUCAAUUUUCUCUUAGGUCUUUCCAAGGUAACCUCUGCAGGGUUACAAUGGGUCCCUUGGUUGCUUCUCUGGUUGAUGCUCUCCUUGCCUGUCAGUUUAGGUGGACAGUCAUGUCUUGAUAGGUUUGGUCUUCCCAUUUUAACAUAUUGCAGAUGAUGGAUUAGUGGAGCUCUGUUAGAUGUUUAAAGCUUGAAAUAUUAUUUUCCUGCUUUAAACUUCUCCACAUCUUCCUCCCUGACCUGUCUGCUGUGUUCCUUGGUCCUCAUGAUGUUGUUUGUUCACUAAUGUUCUCUAACAAACCUUUGAGAACUUUUAGAUUUACACUCGGAAUAAAUUACACUCACCUGGACUCUA